AGAGAUCACCUCUAUUUUCUGGAGUCAUCAUUUUGAAUCCAUUAGCACCUGGUUUGUUACUGAAAAGCUCAGAAUAUUUCCUCUGAUUGCCUUCCUAUUUGGAUCUUUCCAGAGCUCUGAACGUUUAAACACCCAUCAUGGAUGACUUUGAACGCCGCAGAGAGCUCAGGAGGCAAAAGCGUGAGGAAAUGCGCCUUGAAGCAGAGAGGCUGUCCUACCAGAGAAAUGAUGACGAUGAUGAAGAAGCUGCCAGAGAACGUCGCCGACGGGCUCGACAGGAGAGGCUGCGGCAAAAGGAAGAAGGUGAUCUAUCAGGAGAAGUAACAGAGAAAUCAGAAGUUAAUGCCCAAAACAGUGUGGCAGAAGAGGAAACCAAGCGUACUACAACCACAGGGGGAACAGAUGAUGAAGCUGCAUUGUUGGAGAGACUGGCAAGACGGGAGGAGAGACGCCAAAAACGUCUACAGGAAGCCCUGGAACGUCAAAAGGAGUUUGACCCCACGAUCACAGAUGGGAGCUUGUCACUGCCCAGUAGGAGAGAAGUAAACAAUGUGGAAGAAAACGAGACCACGGGGAAAGAGGAAAAGGCUGAAACACGCCGAGGACGCUAUGAGAUGGAGGAAACAGAAACAGUUACCAAAUCAUACCAAAGGAACAACUGGAGGCAAGAUGGGGAAGAAGAGGAAAAAAAAGAAGAAAAAGACAAGGAGGAGGUACAUGAGGAAAAACCAAAGGAGGUCCCUGUAGAGGAAAAUCAGGUAAAAGAUGAAAAGGAUAAAGGAAAAGCACCCAAAGAGGAAAUGAAAAGUAUCUGGGAUCGUAAGAAGGGAUUUCCUGAACAAAAGGCACAGAACGGAGAACGUGAACUCACUGCACCAAAACUUAAAUCUACUGAGAAUGCUUUUGGCCGCUCCAAUUUGAAAGGGACUGGGACUGAGGACUUUGAGAAGCUGAAAGAGAAGCAGCAGGAGGCGGCAGCAGAGCUGGACGAACUGAAGAAAAAGCGGGAGGAGCGCCGCAAAAUCCUGGAGGAAGAGGAGCAGAAGAAGAAGCAAGAGGAGGCUGACAGAAAAGCCAGAGAGGAG